GGAUAUUUUGAUGAAGAAAUGGCUGUUAAGUACAUCUCUGAAGCAGCAUUGGCUCUCGAUUAUCUUCACAGGCAUGGGAUAAUUCACAGGGAUCUGAAGCCAGACAAUAUGCUCAUUUCUAAUCAGGGCCAUAUAAAGUUGACAGACUUUGGACUUUCAAGAGUUACGCUGAACAGAGAAAUAAAUAUGAUAGAUAUUCUUACUACGCCAUCAAUGGCAAAACCAAAACAAGACUAUUCACGUACUCCAGGACAAUUAUUGUCUCUCAUCAGUUCUCUGGGUUUUUAUACUCCUGUGGGCAUGAAAAUGUCAGGGCACAAUUCAAGUCAAUCAUCUGACAGUCAGCAUGGAGUGGUUUCUCCCUUAUCCUUGGUCCAAAAGGAAAAUACUUCUCUUUCAACUAAAUUAUUUAGACCACAUCUUGAGUCUUCUGAAUUAACUCCUGUGAUGCCAGUGAGAAGUUUAACCCCUACUAUACUUCAAUCAAGAAAAAGGUUUGAUACCCUAAAUGCCAGUAGUCAGUCACACACAUACCUGUCCAGUACGGAAUCAGAAUGCUGCAGCAGCCCCAGGUGGGAGAAAGAUGUAGAGCAAAGUGAAGACAAACUAUGUUCUGUAACCAGCAAAACAGCUAACAGUGGGUCAGCUGUCCUUUCAAAUGUAGAAUUACUGAGUAGCAAAGGUGUUAAAAUUUCGAAGAAGAAAGAACUGGAGUGUGCCAUUUCUCCCAUCAGCAGCAAUGAUUCUGGCAGUAGGCAGAAGAUGGGAAAUGAACAUUGGGAUAUAACAGAUACUCCUGUGACCACACUGGAUGUGAAAAGCAUAGUCAGAAAAUGUCUCUGUGAAAAUAAUUUUAGGGAAGAAAACCUCCUAGUAAAUAAAAGAGAGAUGACUGAUGAAACAGCAGAAACUUCCAGUCAACGCCAGUCACGUUCAAGGCAGAAUGAGCCUGUCAAGUGUAUUAAAGAGGAAGAAACUUUUCAAAAGCCAGGUGUAAAAAGAAUCUUUGAAUUAGUAGACACUAGUCCUUGUCAGGAACUCAAGCAUGUUAAAAAAAGCAAUGCAGAAUAUAAGCGUGGCUGUCAGAUUGUGGAAUUUCCAGUAAACAGAAGGACAGGUUUGACAACAGAAAUUCAGUCCUUAAUGCUUUGUGAUGAUGGAUGCUUACGUGACACCUGCAAAAGCACAGAAAAGAGUUUUAUUGGUAACCAGCAAACAGGAAAAUCACUUACUCCAGGUAUAGUAAAAAAUCUGAUGUGUGAUCUGGAUGCAGACUUUGAGAAGGAUUACAAAAAGGAGUAUGUGAACUCCAGUUUUUUAGGAACUGAAGAUGAAAAACCUUUAGGAAUCCUCAGUGCAGAUUCUGACUUAUCACUUCCUGAAAUGUCUGUUACAGAAAGCCAUUUAGAAAAGCAGCUUUUAGACUUGGACAAAAGUGUUAAAGACCUCUCCUUUGAGGAACCUAAAACAGAAGGCAUGCCAGUGGCAUCACCAGAGUCACAAGAUGCUGCACAAAAUGGAGAUGAAGAGCAUACUGGUCAGGACUGCAAGGUGUUACAUCACAAAAAGGAUGAUGUCCAAAAACACAUGAAAGAAACUUGCCUUGAUGCAGUACCUUCCCCUUCAGAAAAGAUGAUGGAAGCACUGACUCUCUUAAAAAAAAAUGCUGUUGUUUUUCGAAGUUACAAUAGUCCAAUUAAUGUAUCCAAUAUAUCUGAGCCAUGUAGCAUGGCUUCCUUAGAUAUAAUGGAUCUUUCACCUGCUUGUAGUGGUUCCUACCCAACAGCUAUUACCCCGUUACAGAAAGGAAGACCCUAUAGGGUAUAUCAGACUCCUCAUCAGGGAGAUGCUGGCACUCCAUACAGGACUCCAAAGAGUGUGAGAAGAGGAGCUGCCCCAGUGGAAGGUGAACGCAUCCUAGGGACCCCGGACUACCUGGCACCUGAGCUGCUUUUGACAAAGCCUCAUGGGACUCUGAUCUCUGGUUCUGCUGUAGACUGGUGGGCCCUUGGAGUUUGUCUGUUUGAGUUUCUGACUGGAAUUCCACCUUUUAAUGAUGAAACACCAGCACAAGUCUUUCAAAAUAUUUUGAAAAGAGAUAUUCCAUGGCCUGAAGGUGAAGAACAGCUGUCUGAUAAUGCCCAAAAUGCAAUAGAUAUUCUUCUAACAAUUGACAUUACUAAGAGAGCUGGACUGAAGGAACUGAAGCAUCACCCCCUCUUUCAUGGUGUGGACUGGGAUAAUUUACAGAAUCAAACUAUGCCAUUCAUACCUCAGCCAGAUGAUGAAACUGAUACCUCUUACUUUGAAGCUAGGAAUAAUGCUCAACACCUGACUGUCUCUGGAUUUAGCUUAUAGCAUCAAGAUAAAUGAACUUCCUCCAUCUUUUUGCACACUUACAACAGUAGUUUGGAGUUUGGUCUUAACUAAAUUUCCUCAGUAUGUUUUAAGUUAUCAGUCUGUUUUUAUUAU